CAUACACUGCAAUUAAAUGCGUUGUUCCCAGUGUUGCCAAGUCUGCUUAUAACAAGUGGAAUAGGGCUUGUUUUUCAUCACUGCUCGAAAGAGGAUUCAGCACAGGAUUCUGGACGUCUCUUGCACAUGUACUGCAGUCCAUUCUCAGAACAUUCGUCUGUCACACAGAGGAUGGACAAAGACAGGAGUCACAUGACUGAGAGGUUAUUAAGUCUUACCUUGGAAAUAUUCUACUUGCUGACUGGCGAGGAUUGUGUCAUGGUGAAGAAGUCUGGUGAGAGGGUGACACCUCACUCUCUGAUACAUGGGAGAGACAAUGAGCAGAAGAUCCUGGAACUCACCAACAAGAUCAUUCAGCUGCUGACUCGAGAGGUUCCUAUAAGGUGUCAGGAUGUCACUGUCUAUCUCUCCAUGGAGGAGUGGGAGUAUUUAGAAGGACACAAGGAUCUCUACAAGGACGUCUUGAUGGAGAAAAAAAAGUCUACUAGGAAACUGCGUACAUUCAAUGACAGAAAAACGUCAGAUGGAUGUCUCAUCGAUCUGAUCGAACAGAAAUAUGACCGCACACCAGGAAAUAUUUCCGACCUAUCCCAUUCAGAAGAAUCCCAGAGUACUGCUAACAAAUUGUCGCAGUGGGGGGCACUCCGUCAGUCUGGUUGCUGUGAUGACAGCCAUUUUAGAGGAGAUGAAACGAAAGUUCUGACUGUAGAGGAAUCUCCUUUCUGUGAGGACACCAGUACUUCCGUUGCCACACAGACUACAUCUGCCCAAUUGAAAGACGAGCAGGUCUGCAUUGAAACAGAAACUCUUACAGGCAAUGUAGUUUAUCCAUCCAAGGAGCCUGCUGGCCGCUUACCGGCCCAUAUCAAACAGUCCUCUGAAGGAGAAAGUUUAGAAGACUCAGGAGUUUCUUUACACGCAGAAUGUACACAGGAACAUCCUUUAUCCAGUAUGAAAGAGGAAUUGAUUAUGAAAGAGGAGUUGAAUUCAGACGUUGAAAUGUGUGCACUCACUGAUCCUGUGUCACUUGAUUAUACGUCUCCUAUCGGCAAAGACUCAAACUCCUUUAUGCGAACAUGUCCGACAAAAACGAACAAUGUUACACACCUAGCUCAUGCACUAACAGAAUAUGCAGGUAUUGAAAUGCAAGAGGGUGUACCAGGUCUUUCAGACGCUGACCUUUACACGCAAUCAGGGUUUACGUCCUCUUCGUCAUCUACUCACGGAGAGAAAACCUUUAAUUGCUCUUUUUGUCAGAAAUCCUACCAUGACAUAACCCAGUUUCAUCUACAUGAGAAGAGUCACGUGGAGCGGAAACCAUUUUCCUGCUCUGAGUGCGGCAAAUGUUUUUCCAAGACGCUAGAGCUGGUGGCGCAUCGCAGGAUUCACACUGAGGAAAAGCCUUUCGCCUGUCCCGAGUGUGGAAAACAGUUUGCCGAUCGUGCAAGUGUUAUCGCACAUCAGGUGAUUCACACCAAAUUUUCCGCUUUUCCCGAAACUCGUUUACAUGAGGAGAAGGUUCCCACAGAUGAGGGGCCCAUUUUAUGCUCUGACUGCGGACUAGGGUUUAACAGCAGCUCCGCUCUAGCGGAACAUCAAAAAAUUCACAAACAAGAAAAGAAGUUUGUGUGUCCUAUCUGCGGUAAAAGUUUCAAUAAAAGAGGACAUCUUAGUAACCAUAAUAGAAUCCAUACAGGGGGGAAGCGCGUUUUAUACUCUGAAAGCGGAGAAUUAAUUCCUCACACCACGUAUCCACGGAAAAGGCCUUUCUUGUGCCUCGAGUGUGGAAAAUGUUUCCCAAGCCGCUCCCACCUGGAUAGGCAUCAGAGGGUGCAUACGGGGGAGAAGCCGUUUUCCUGUUCGGAGUGCGAUAAACGUUUCACGGACCGUUCGGGCCUGGUCAUACACCAGAGAAUUCACACAGGGGAGAAGCCCUAUUCUUGUAACGAUUGCGGGAAAUGCUUCAGGGAUCGCUCGGGCCUUGUUGUGCAUCAGCGGAACCACACAGGACAACAUCCGUUCAGGUGCCUGGAGUGCGGGAAAUGUUUCCACAACCGCGCACGCCUUGAGCGCCAUGAAGUUGUUCACAGGGAGCAGAAGUCCUUUUCCUGUCCAGAGUGUGAAAAACGCUUCACUAACGUGUCUGCCCUCACCCUCCAUUACAGAACUCACAUAGGAGAACAGCCAUGUGUUCCGGGGGUGGAAAGUUUUUCCACUCAGUUGUAUUCCGAGAGACACCAGAGAAGUCGCACAGAAGAGAAGUCCUUUUCCUGCUCAGAGUGUGGGAAGUGUUUUACAGACGUAUCUGUUCUCUCUCUCCAUUACCGGACUCACCUAGAGGAGCUCCAGCAGACACAGCUGAGAUUUCACAGCGGUGAGAGACCUGUGGAUAGUGGGAAGUAUAUUGCUCAUCGUCUAAGUCAUCCUGUGAAUAAGAAGAGUCACACAGUAGAGAAACCGUUUUCAUGUUCACAGUGUGAGAAAUCCUUUACGGAUCGUACAAGUCUUAUUGCUCACGAGCAGCAGCACACCGGCGAGAAACCUUAUAAAUGUUCAGAAUGUGGGGAAUGUUUUGUGCUGAAAGGUUAUUUAACGAAACACUUAGAAAGUCACGCAUGAUACGUAUAGCUAGGUGAUCUGUGUUAGGUCUUUGUGUGUCAGAUGAGGGACAGAGCGCUCCCAGACUGUGUGUGUUUUGGAGAGUUGACACCAUGCCAGUCUACCACACUCUGUGUUGCUCCAGGUGACGGGCCGCCAGUGAGAGCUGUUGUACAGGUGCAUGUAGCUUUCAAUGGCAAUGUGAGUAAACCGUCUAGUACGAAUAGUGAAGGCUCCUUCAUCUGUAUGAGUGUGCUAAAAUGCCUUCUAGUAACUGCUGGAAUGUGGGGGAAAAAGAACAUGGAGCCAGUGUCAUAGAAUACAUAUAUAUAUAUUUUACUUUGUCAUUAAUUAUUCAUCAAAAUUAAGCCAACAUUAAGAAGCCAUGUUUUUAAAAAGUAAUUACACCCCUUGGUUCAGUAGCUUGUAGAACCACCUUUAUCAGCAGUAAGCUGAAGUCUUUGGUUUCUGUAGGAGUUUAUCAACCUUAAUACAUUGCAUAUGGGGAAUGUUGGCCUACUCCUCCUUACCAUCUUGCUUCAGCUCCGUGAUGUUCGAGGCGACUUGGCUUUGCACAAAUCUGUUACGUUCCUGGACAACAUCUCCAUGGUUUUAUAUAGUGUGGCAGAUGCUCAAUUAGCUUAGUGAUAUCAUUCAGGUGCUUGAAAGGGAGAUGUAUUUCUAAGCAAGAAAAAAAGUAAUUUUGUUUCCCCAAGCACCCUGAAUGAUAACAGUAACCAGAUGUAAAUCCCACACACUAUUAGAAUUCAGAGAUCUUGGUUACAUAUAUUUGCGCAAAUGUAUGAAUAAGCCCCAAAGCCGCAUCAAGGCGUCUAUGUAUACUUGGGGUCCCUAGCGCUAUAUCUAGGUGCAGGGUGUGGCACCCCAAAACACCAGCAUAAGCCAGAAAGCCCAGGGCAGCAGAUCAGUGAAAAAACUAUAGUGUUAAUAAAUGAGUGUUAGGAAGCCAAAGCUAUAAAGAAGGUGAUACAAAAAUUAGAUGUAAUUAAAAUGGAGAAAUAGUGUAAAAGAAAUUAGUGUGUGAAAAGUGUUAAUAGAAUGUAAAGGUAUUCCACACUUAACCCAUCCAGCUCAGCCAGUCCAGAGGCACCACACCUCACACCUCCAUUACCCCAAUCUGGGUCUAUGAUUAACCAGCAAGGAGCCACAUGAUAAUGGCUCCUUACUUAAAUAUAUCUAAGCUAAGAGCUACCUACCUUGGAGCAACCCCAUAAUGCUCCAUAUGGCAUGUCAGGGCCUGCACCUCCUCCUAAUGCAGGAACCUCUCUGCCUCUCACAACAGACAUAUAUAGUGUGGCAGAUGCUCAACGACUUUAGUGAUAUCAUUCAGGUGCUUGAAAGGGAGGGGUAUUUCUAAGCAAGAAAUAAAAAAGGCAUUUUGUUUUCCCCAGCACCUGAAUGAUAACAGUAACCAGAUGUAAAUCCCACACAAUAAUACAAUUCAGAGAUCUCGGUUACAUAUAUUUGUGCAAAUGUAUGAAUAAGCCCCAAAGCUGCAUCAAGGCGUCUAUGUAUAUUUGGGAUCCCUAGCGCUAUAUCUAGGUGCAGGGUGUGGCUCCCCAAAACCAGAGCCGGCCCUAACCAAUAUGAUGCCCUAGGCAAGAUUUUGGCUGGUGCCCCCUAGCACCACCGCUGGUUCCGCCUCUGACCUUGCACGUCUUUCCCAUCACCCUUCACCCAUAGCAGUCCUUAUUUUGGUGUUUGUACCCCCUAUAUUUUAAAUAGGAAUAGUUCGCACUUAUGGCGCACAGCCCAAAAAGGGGUGUGUUUUUGCUGGCAAGGGUCAUGGUCACACAAUAGUAACCCCAAUUCUAAUUACACCACACAGUACUGCAACUUUAUUCACAUGUUAUCAUGUUAUCAUGCGAUAGUGUCCAUAAUUCAUAAUACAUCCCACAGUAGUAUCACUUUACCUUAUAAACGUUACUCCUCACAGUAGAGCCCCUUAUUCACAUUACAUCACACUGAAUUGCUCCUUAUUCACAUUACACCACACCAUAUUGCUCUUUAUUCACAUUAGAUGACACAGUAGUGCCCUUUCUAUACGUUACGUCACACAGUAGAGCACCUUAUACACAUAAUGCCACACAUUAGUAAUGCAUUUAUAUACUUAAUUCCACACAGUAAUGCCCCUUACACGUGAGACACAUUAUUAAUGUCCUUAUAAACAUAAUGUGCUUUACAAAUUAUGACAACCUUUAUUAAUGCCCUUAUACACAUACUGCUCCGUACACAUAUGCCGCACAACAUUAAUGCUCUUAUACAUAUAAUGACACAUAGUGCCCCCUACACAUUUGCUGCACAUUAUUAGUGCCCCUAUACACAUAAUGACACACAUACAGUAGUACCCUGUUACACAUAUGCUGCACAUUAUUAAUGCCCUUAUACACAUAAUGACACGCAUAGUGCCCCUUUACACAUAUAUUGCACAUUAUUAAUGCAUUUGUUACAUGACACACAUAAUGCUCCUUACACAUAUUCCGAACACUACUGCACAACCAACCCACUCACAUGCACACAGCACUCACCCUGCCACUAACACUGUGACCUCUGCCUCUGCUUGGAUACAGAUGUGUCAUCAUAAAUCUUGCCUCAAUGCUAAUGUCGGGCACCUUUUUUUUUAUGAAAAUGCAUCUUAUUUGCAUUGCUAUGUGGCUAGGAUGCACAAGCAGCUUCUGCUGAUUAAAAUGAUAUGCAGCAUGCCUAUAUACUGUGUGAGACUGUGGCUGUAUCUGCAUAUGAAAUGCUACACACAGAAUAUAGGCAUGCCGCAUAUCAUUUUAAUCAGCAGAAACUGCUGAUGCCCCUAGGCAUAUCAAAUGCCCUAGGCAAUUGCCUAGUUUGCCUAUGCCUAUGGCCGGCUCUGCCCAAAACACCAGCAUAAGCCAGAAAGCCCAGGGCAGCAUACCAGUGAAAAAAGAUUAGUGAAGGCUCCUUCAUCUGUAUGAAUGUGCUUAAAUGCCUUUUUGUAAAUGCGGGAAUGUGGGAAAAAAAGAACAUGGAGCCAGUGUCAUAGAAUAUAUAUAUAUAUAUAUAUAUAUAUAUAUAUAUAUAUAUAUAUAUAUAUAUAUAUAUAUUUUACUUUGUCAUUAAUUAUUCAUCAAAAAUAAGCCAACAUUAAGAAGCCAUGUUUUUAAAAAGUAAUUACACCCCUUGGUUCAGUAGCUUGUACCUUUAUCAGCAGUAAGCUGAAGUCUUUGGUUUCUGUAGGAGUUUAUCAGCCUUAGGAGGUCAUUCCGAGUUGAUCGCUCGCAAGGCGAUUUUAGCAGAGUUGCUCACGCUAAGCCGCCGCCUACUGGGAGUGAAUCUUAGCAUCUUAAAAAUGCGAACGAUGUAUUCGCAAUAUUGCGAUUACACACCUCGUAGCAGUUUCUGAGUAGCUUCAGACUUACUCGGCAUCUGCGAUCAGUUCAGUGCUUGUCGUUCCUGGUUUGACGUCACAAACACUCCCAGCGUUCGCCCAGACACUCCUCCGUUUCUCCGGCCACUCCUGCGUUUUUUCCGGAAACGGUAGUGUUUUUUCCCACACGCCCAUAAAACGGCCUGUUUCCGCCCAGUAACACCCAUUUCCUGUCAAUCACAUUACGAUCGCCAGACCGAUGAAAAAGCCGUGAGUAAAAUUCCUAAGUGCAUAGCAAAUUUACUUGGCGCAGUCGCAGUGCGAACAUUGCGCAUUAAGCGGAAAAUCGCUGCGAUGCGAAGAUUUUUACCGAGCGAACAACUCGGAAUGAGGGCCUUAAUACAUUGCAUAUGGGGAAUGUUGGCCUACUUCUCCUUACCAUCUUGCUUCAGCUCAGUGAUGUUCGAGGCGACUUGGCUUUGCACAAGUCUGUUACAUUCCUGGCCAACAUCUCCAUGGUGUUGCAGCAUUUCAGUUUUGCUGGACUCAAGAUGUUGCAUGAGCAGAUUUACUUGGCCUGUAGGUACCUGGAUGUAGCUCUUUGUUUUUUUGCCAUCUCGGUGAGCGCCAUUCAGUUGGAUCUCUGGGUCGAUUUUGGUGGGACGUCCACUUAGGAGCAGAUUGGUAAAUAUCUUAAGUAUUCUUUGUGUGUAAUUGAACAUUCCCUUUCUGUAAGAUGUUGGGCUUUAAAGCAUUGCUGCAAAUCUGUCUGGAAAGUAUUGAAAGGCCCUUUACAUACAAUUACUGCUCUGAGAUUAUUGCAGAUGUGUAUUUCAUACUUGCCUACUCUUCCGGAAUGGUCGGGAGACUCCCGGAAAUUGGAUGACCCUCCCGGCCCCCUGGAAGUGUAAGCAAGUCUUCUGAUUAUUGCAACUCUCCCCAAACCCAAUCGCCUACUUUGCGAGUGAAGUGGGUGGUCAGGGCAGCCGAUGACGUGAUUAUUGCUGAAUCGUGUCAUCGUAGUCAUGCCCCCUGCCUUAUAAUACCAGUAAUCUCGGCAUUAUAGGGCAGGGAGCGUGGCUAGGAUGACAUCACUGCAACUGCCCUGCCCCAUGCAGCUCCGCCCUCACCCCACUCCCUGUGAUGCAACAUUAUCCCGCCCCACUCCCUUUCUGUGCCAACCUGGCUGCUCUCUUACGGAGAGAGCAGCCAGGAAGUCGGCAACUCUGGUGUAUUUGGUAAUUUACACACUCCGGAUUAGAAUGCCAGCUCUGAUGUGCAUUUGGUUAGCAGCACCUGGCUCUCAAAUCACCUGAUUUUUUUAUUUAUAUAGCGCGCACAUAUUCUGCAGCGCUUUACAAAGAAUAUUUACCUCAGCGAAGCUUACAAUCAAUAUUCCCUACCACAUUUACACACACACUAGGGAUAAUUUAUUCUCAGGAGCCAGGUAACCUACCAGUAUAUUUUUGGGUUGUGGGAAGAAGGAAACCCAUGCAAGCACGAGGAGAAUAUACAAACUCCACACAGUUAGUGCCAUGGUGGCAAUCGAACCGAUGACCUCAGUUCUGUGAGGCAGUAAUGCUAACCGUUACAUAAUCCAUGCUUUAUUCAUUCAUAUGGAAGUAGUAAGGUUGUACUUUGUGUACGGCUUCUUCUUAACAGCUUAUUUUUUUGUUGAAUAAUCAACGACUUUAGUCAAAUCUGUUCUGAUUUGUUUGUCACAUGAGAUUAGUUUUUUUUGUUUUGUUUUUAAAAUUUAGGAAUUGACGAAGACUAGACUAUUAAUAAUUAUGUACAAACACAAAUUUGAAAGUGGGUGUACUUUCUCUUUCACACGACUGUAUGUGUAUAUUUAUAAUAUUUGAGAAAUGAAAAGUAAUU